CAGCAGACUUCAGUGUUGAUUAUUAUCGUUCCGAAGCUCGUGCGCACCACACGCCAUCGUCUCGUUAACACUACCGACUGCUCAUUAACUACAUUGUCAGCGACCUGUUCGACACACAAGUGCACGUUGUCCAUAUCACCAGCUCGCAAACUCCUUGAUCCAAAGGGACGUCUAUACUCUCCAGUAGGACAUACGCGACCAUUUGAAUAUCGCCGAACUGCGUCGCAAUACGCGUACACAUUUUGGUGAUUAGUAGCAAAAGAGUGUUGUCUCCUGUAAAAGGGAGGUAAAACCGUCGUGAAUCAAAACCACCAUUACUUUUGCAAAAACAAAAGCGAAUCCCAAAACUAAGCCGCCAUCAUGUUCUACUGCAUUGAAUCCUGUGUUGUCUUCAUGUCAUGUCGAGAAAACCGGCACCCCAAACGGGAACAUUCUAUUAUGCCAGUCUCCCAGAUCGCAAUCAGUAGCUUCGGCAACCAGUUCAUGUUCAGUAGCGCACGAUGCACCCAUCAAAAUGGAGGGCUUAGUGGAUGAAUUCUUAAAUAUGUGUGCUAAUGUGGAAGAACGUGAUAGACAAGCACCUGGGAUAAUAAAUUUAAACAACAGCACCAACGACAUAAAUAUGUAUAGAGAUGAGCCGUUUUUGGAUCUUUUUCAAUUGGAUUCGCCAACCAUGUUGGCGCCGUUUAUAACAUCACAAAAUGUAUUUACCAUGGAAGGCAAUAACUGUAGGACCACUGACUCUGAGGUUAAACAAGACGUUUCUCUUAACAGCGAAGAUUUCAAGCAACCGAUUUCAUUAAGAAAAAACUCAACUCUCCGUCUAGAUAUAGGAUUACAGUCCAUUCAGUCGACCAGUUAUGGUGACGAGCUUAACACGCCAGAAGUUGUUAAAACAUUGACCGAACAAGAAUCAAAUUUCAACCUUUUAUCUUAUGUUUUUGAUGAAAAAAAAUCUGACCAUUUAACCGAAGUUCCAGCAGCUAAGAAUGAUACAGUCAUGACUUCUCCACCUCGGUGUUCUCGUAAGAGACGCAGCAGCAACUCUUCAGCGUCUAUCCAAACGGACGAUGAUGAUUAUUCUAAACACAGACGGCCGAAUGAGGAUAAUUCGUCAGAUGACAAGUAUAGACAGCUAAGGGAUCGCAACAAUGAAGCAUCACGCAAGUCUAGAGCUACUAGGAAGGCAAAGGAGGACGAAUUGAACAAAAAUGCCAACGAAAUGGAGGCGACCAACAGACGACUUACUGUCAAAGCAGAAGAACUAGAAAAAAUGGUCAUCAACAUGAGACAAGCCUUACUACAAAUUAUGACUAAAAAAAAAUAGAAAUGUUCAUUUUAACUGUAAUAGUUGGUUACAAAUAGGCUCGUAAUAGUAUAAAAAGUGUUACUUGUGUGCUUAUCUUACGAAUAUUUAAUUUGAAAAUAUGUAUUUAAAUUUCUCUCACUAUCAGUUGUUAUUACUAACUUAGCUUAUAAUUUAUAAUUUUUAACAGGAUAUAUUAAUAAUAUAGUAUAUUAUGUUAAUUUAAUUAGAGAUUAAUAAAUGAUUAAUAAUAGUUUACAAUAUACAUUAAAUUAAUCUUUCAGUAAAUAAUAGUGUUGUAUUUAUUUAAUUUGUAUGUGUACAAUCACAGGGUCAUUUAUUACAAUAUAAUAUAUUAUUAUGACUGUGA